CCUAGGGAAGGUAAGCAGAGAGCUCAAUUAGUAGUUUGAAUGAAAAUGUAAAAUACAGUAAAAAUAAGAUCUUUCUGGAAGUGCCAGAGACUCUCAUCUUUCAUUAUUCAUUAUUUUCUCUGCUUAUAAAAGUAACAGCGACGCAGGGAUCAAACACAUUUCAAACUCAAUGACACCAGUACUUUGCACAUAUGCAUCACUUAACCACUACUGUAUCCAUUCUGCUAUAAAAAUGCUGAUGUUCUGCCUUACAGAGACCCUUCACUGGAAAAGACCAGGAAUGUCUAUUUGAUUCAAUUAUGGAACAGGAACCAGUGUACCCACCAACCCUGCACACAGAUGCAAGAAGCCUAAUAUCAGAGCUCUUAGAAAAGAAUGUAGAAGAUCGGCUGGGCUCUGCUGUGGAUGGGGCUUUUGAUGUCGCGGCACAUCCUUUCUUCAAAGAUUUCGACUGGAAUGCUAUGUUGGAGCAGAAAGCGCAGCCCCCUUUUGUUCCACAACUAAAAGGUCCAGAGGACCUGAAAUAUUUUGAUGAGAGAUUUACAAAGCUGGCUCCCAAUUUAACUCCACCCAAAGGCAUCUGCGCUGAAAUGGCAGAAGAAAUCUCAGACGCCUUCUAUGACUUUGCUUAUGCAGCAUGUUAGCUGCAAAUAGAAGAUGGGAGUCCAAGAAGGAAUAACAGACAUCAUCUUGCCAGGCUAAUGAUGUAAAAGAACAAGAAUCCAACACAGCCUGGAACAUGGAAGGCAGGAUAAAGGGAUCAAGUUAGUGGCUGCUGCACAAAUUUACUGUUUCUCCUUUUCCAGGUCUACAGAAGUCAACCUACCAGCAACCGGGAACUGGACUUUUGGCAAUGCCUCCUACAGAGUGGCACAUUUUUGAGGCAGUAGGCUGCCAUUAUGUACAUAUUGUUAAAUAAGAAUAUAUCCCUCACCAUUUAUCACCCUUACCUACUCCUCUUCUAUAAUUUUUCUUGUAAA